CGUGAACGACACCCGCACAUCCUCGGCUCUUAACAGUGGCUUUACCCCUUCCCGGCGGCCAUAGCGGUGCCCAGUGGAGGAGGUGAGGCCCACGCACGCACUGGCAAACCGGCGCGCCCUGGGAUACCUCGGGGCGCCCUGUACCGGCCUUCGAAACCCGCGACAAACAGAUACCCUCGUGCAGUGUUUGUUUACUCUUAUAAGUGCUGUAUUUGAACUGUUUGCUCCUGUUUGCACUUAUGAAAAUGCCGGAUAUCAACCCUAGGACUCGUAUUUUGUCUACACGAGUUGUCUGCACCGCGAUUUGAAUGUGGAGGCUUGAGAACAACGUCUAGGUGGAGAGGGAGAUCACCACCACCACCACCACCAUCACCACCACCAUCAUCACCACCAAUCACCACCACCACCACCACCACCAGUAUGUCCGAGAGUGAGGCUCAGACAGGGGUGGCUGACACUUCCAUGGAUGGAGAGAAAGUCAAGGCCAUCAACGGAAUGAAGGAGGUGGAGGACGUACGGAGAAUGCAGAACGGAGAGACAGAGAAACCACAGAUAAACGGAGACAUGGAGAAGAACACAGAGGAAGAAGGAGAGGGAAGAGAAGAAGAGGAGGAGGACGAGGACGAGGAAGAGGAUGAGGAGGAGGAGGAGGCAGCGGCAGGGGAGACUAAUGGAAGCAUGGAGGAUGUGGAGAUGAAGGAGGAGGACGAGGAGGAAGACGAGGAGGAGGAGGAGGAGGUGAAGAUGGAGGAGGGAGAGGAGGCAAAUGAGGACCAAGGAGGCGGAGGUGGAGGAGGAGAUGAAGGUGGAGGAAAGAGCGAAGAAGACGAGGAAGAAGAGGAGGAGGAGGAAGAAGAAGAGGAAGGACGCUUAGCCACUACAGACAAGGAAGAGGAGGAGGAGGAGGAAGAAGAGAAAAAAAUGGAAACGGAGGCGGUGAAGGAAGAGAAGGAGGAGAAGGAAGACUCAGAAGGGAAGAAGAAGAAGAAGGAGGAAGAGGUGAAGAAGGAAGGAGGAGAGGGAGAGGAAGAAGGAUCAAAAAACGACUCUGGAAACAGUGAAAAAACCAAGAAGGAUGACUCCACUUCGACAUCCACAUCAUCCACCAAAGACACCAUUAACGGGGAAACCACCACCUCGACCACCACAGCAACCACUGCCACCCCAAGCAAGAAGAAGAAGCAUCACAGCGACACCCCAGAGGUCAUCCCGACGCGGCAGUUGCGCGCUCGGAAGACCCCAAAGAAGUACACGGAGGAUGACGAUGAUGUGAAGAUUACGAACGAAGUCAUCAGGGACGACUCGAGUGACAUUGAGAUGAUCGAGGAGAGCGACCCGUUGGCGAUCAGCGACGCGGAGGUCAAGAAGAUCCAGAAGGAGAAGAAGGAGAUCACUGUGAGUCUCCCCAAAGGAUCAGAGAUCAAAACAAAAGACCCCAACGUCAUUAUCAUCGACACCAACACGCUGCUCAAGAACCAAGGGAAUCUAGCCGCUGCCGUCGCUCAGUCCACCUCCUCCACGCCGGUCCAGACCCUCACCAACCGCUCCACCUCCACCUCCACCACCACCACCACCAACCUCAACAUACAGAGUGCCAUCCAGGCCAUCACAGGGGGAGCGCCGGCCCAGGGACUCCAGUCGGCCUAUAUCACGGCCCUCCAGCAGGUGCUGCUCUCCCAGGGUGGCCAGGUCCCCAUGAAUUCCCAGCACCUUGCCCAGCUCCAGCAGUACUACAACAGCCUGGGACACCUUCAGGAUGAUGCCUACGUGAUAGAGGCGCCCUCCUUCAUUGUCCCUUACGUCAUGGAGGGGAAACCAAAGGAGCCAAUCAAGGAGUUCCUGAAGAGGAUAAACAAGGAACUGGAGGAAUAUGAGCGCAAGGAGAAGGAGGCGGAGGAGCGGAAGGCGGCCGAGGAGAAGAAACGGAAGGAGGAGGAGGAGAAGCAGAAGAGGAAAGAGGAGCGGGAGGAGGAGAAGAAGAGGAGACUCGACGCCGGGGAGACCAUAGAAGACCUGGAGAAGGAGGAGGAGGAGGAACGCGCAGCAGAGGCCAAGGAGAAGGAGGAGAAGGAGGCGGAGGAGAAGAAGAAGGAGAAGGAGGCUGAGAAGAAGAAGGAGAAGGAAUCGGAGAAGAAGGAGGAGGAGGAGGAGGAGGACAACAAGGAAAACAACAAAUCCAGCACUAACAAAGAAGACGGGAAGAAGGAAACUGAUAAAGAGGGGAAGGACGGGAAGGUACAAAGCAAGGAGGAGAAGGAGGGAGGAGGAGGAGGGGAGAAGAAGGGCAAGGAGGAGAAGGGUACGGAGACAGUGGACGAGGACAAGGAGAACAAGGACAAGAGUGAUGCGGAGAGUGUUGUCGACUUGGAGAAGGAGGCGAAGGAAAAGGAGGACAUGAGCUUCUUGGGCAAGUGGGAGCCAUACUACCGCAGCGCCCUCGGGAAGUUCAUGCUGGAGCUGGGACUCAACCAGGCCCAGGAGUUCCUUCAGGCCGACCUCCUCCGCAUGCAAAAACGGAAGCUGGAGAAGAUGAAGACACAGCCGUCGCGGGAAGGCAUUAUGGCCAUGAAGCUCCUGGAGAAACAGCUGGAGGUGACCCGCAAGAAGAACUCCCACCUGCAGGUCCCGCUCAAGAUCUGCAAGUUCUGUACCUUCAAGACGGAGAGCCAGAUGGUGAUGGAGCGCCACCUGGAGUCGCCCCACAUGGUCAACUACACCUACAAAUGCAACUUCUGUGAAUUUGAGACCCGGGGACCACAGGUGAUCCUCUUCCACAUGGAGGCGGAGCACAACACCAGGGGGCGACUGGAGAGGGCGCCGGCGUUCUUCCAGUGCUCGCUGUGCCCGUACGAGGACAACAACAAGUCCAAGAUGACCCGCCACUCCUUCUCCUGCAGCAAGAAGUAUAAACCCGAGAAGAACUGUGAGCUGCUGGACUGGGAGCCGCCCGCCAAGAUCCCCAAGGUAUUACAUCACCACAGACCAGUUAACACCAUCCUUCCCCCCCCCUCCGUGACGCAGAUCCACCGGGGGCGCCCCAACACCCUCGGCAAGGCUUUCGAGCCCGUCAAAAUGCCCAACCUGCUGCCCAAGAACCUCGCGGGCAUGAACAUCAGCAUCCAGUCAGCGGGGGGCACCAACCUCCUGCCCUCCAGCACCGUGUCCAUAGCUGCGGGGCGGGGGCGGGGCAGGCCGGUGGGCUCGUACAAGAACCCCGGACCCCUCCCCAGCCAAGGCCGGGCCAUAAACACUGUGAGUUCAGGGUCUCUUCUGUACACCAACCGCGGCACAACCACCACCACCACAGUCCACGGAUCCGGCUCACAGCAGUUCACCCUCGGCAACCAGAUGUUCCAAUCGACCGCGAGGGUUCAACGCAUCCUCCCGUCCUCGUCCUCCUCCUCCCCCGUCAGCCUUAUACCGGGUCUGGGGGCAUCCUCAUCCAUCACUAUACAGAGCGUACAAAGCAAGGGGGGCAACACCAAGUCUCCCCAGCAGCCCAGCAUCUCCAUCACCCCGCUCCCCCGCGCCGGCCAGCAGCUGUCCCAGGGCUCCGGCACCAAGAGCUCCUCGACGGGUCGCGGGGACUCAGGAGGCAACCCGUCCUUUGUUAUAUGUGAGAUCUGCGACGGCUACAUCAAGGACCUGGAGCAACUGCGUAACCACAUGAACCUGAUCCACAAGGUCAAGAUCCACCCCAAGAUGAUCUACAACCGGCCUCCGCUCAACUGCCAGAAAUGUCAACACCGCUUCUUCACCGACCAGGGCCUGGAGCGCCACCUGCUGGGCACCCACGGCCUGGUCACCUCGUCCAUGCAGGAGGCGGCCAACAAGGGGAAGGAUGCCGGACGCUGCCCUAUCUGUGGAAAGGUAUUCCAGUGGAAGCUCCUGAACCACGUGAGCCGCGACCACAAGAUGACCCUCAAGCCGGCCCACCUCUCGUACAAGUGCACCGUCUGCACCGCCACCUUCAACAUGUACCGCCUGUUUGAGAACCACGUCUACUCCGCACACUCCGUCGUCAACAAGAACAAGGACGGAGGGAAGAAGCAGAGCAGCAGCGGAGGUUCAUCCGAGUCUCCCCUGAAGAUCAACGACGAGAUUACCAUCAUCCCUCAGCCGGUGACCAGCAAGUCCAAGAGCUCGUCAUCCAACAGCACAUCCACCUCCACCAACUCCUCAUCCACCUCAUCCUCAAACUCAUCCUCAGACAAAAUCUCUAAAAAGUCUGACAGCUCCACGCCCACCAUGAGCAAGGAAAUCACCAUCACCAAGGUCGGGUCACGGCCCACGCGGCGCAGCGGAGGUGGAGGCGGAGUGGAGGUCAUCAGCCUUGAUGAGUCGCCCAAGAAGUCGGAAAACUCCACCUCCUCCAGUAAGAAGCGGACUCACAAGGACACCGUCGGGAACUCCACCAAGAAAUCCCGAACCAGCAGCUAAUGUGUUUGUGCGUGUGUGCGUCUGUGCGUGCGUGCGUGUAACCUGCUGCGGCGACGGUGGUAGUGGUGAUUCUUGCGGUGGUGUUGACGGCAGGACAGGGCGGGUUGACAGCGGCCAUGACCACGCCUGAGAGAGAAAGAGAGAGAGGGAGGGAGGGAGAGAAAAAAAGGGGGUAAGGGGUCGCUCAAGAGUUGCUGGUGUGGUGGUGUUGGUGGUGGUGUUGUCAUCUCCGUUUUGACGAUUCACACACCGACGCCAGGCCAAGGUGUGUGUGUGUGUGUGAGUGUGUGUGUGUUUUAUUUAAUUUGAAGGCACUGUGAGGCUGACUGUGUGUGUGUGUGUGUGUGUGUGUGUGUGUGUGUGUGUGUUGUGAUGAGAGAGAGGCAGAACUAUCACCACUUCACCACCACCACCAUCAUCACCACCAACACCAGUGAAGAAAGAAAGAAAAUAAAGUUAAAUAAAGAUAUAGAAAAGAAAGACUAUGUUUGACUGACUGCCAGGAACGAAAGAAGGAAGGAAAAAGAAAAGGAAGGAAAAGAAGGGAGUUAGAAAGGAUAGGAAGGAAAAAGAAAGGAAUGAAGGAAGGAAAAAGAAAGAAAGGAAGGAAGGAAGGACAGACUGCCAAAGAAAAUAACACUAUAGUUGACUGACCAGCAGCACAUUUGUACGAAAAAACACAAACAAACAAAAAACGGUGCGACCCGAUACUCUCAUUUCCCGGUAGUGACGAGGAUGAACUAUAAACAAACAAACACGGAUGAACGGAUGAUGAAGACGGAUGGGCGGAUGACGAAUGAAAGAAAAUGAGGACGGAAGAAGUGGAUGGCAUAUGGGGCUUUUGCAUCCACCUCACCUCAAACUGUGUGUGUGUGUGUGUACCCCCACAUCCACCACCACAUCCAGCACCCACACACACUUACAGAAGGUAGUAGAAAUCGAGGAACGGAUGACCGGUGGAUGACCAGAACCUGAAAAAAAAGAAUGAGAAUAAAGAUUGGGUGACGAGAUGGAUGAGUGAGUGACAGAUGAAUGGGGAUGGAUUGCAACAGAGCGUCAAGUCAUCCGUGAACUAGUGGAAAAACGGAUUACCGGGCGGAUGAAAGACAGGUUUAUAGAAGGUUGUCAUAUGUGCAGUAGUGAAUUAGUGAACCUCUCAGGCGGGUGACAGCCACAUGGGUGCUCGACAACCAGCCAGAGGUGCGGAGAAGAGGAGGAGGAGGAGGAGGAGGAGGAAGAGGAAGUGAGAGUAGAGUUAGAGGAAGAGGAAGCAGAGAGAGAGAGAGGAAAAGAAGGAGGAGGAAGAGGAAGCAGAGAGAGAGAGUGAGGAAGAGAAGGAGGAGGAGGUAGAAUGUGUGAGGAAGAGAGAGAGGAGGAGGAAUAUGUGAGGGUAUGUGUUGGCAUCUCUCUCUCCCUCCCCCUCUCUCUCUCUCUCGGCUUCCCCCUCCCUCUCUCUCUCGGCUUCCCCCUCCCUCUCCCCCCCUCGCUCGCUUGCUCUCUCAUUCACUCCAUUGACAAACUGUAAUUAUUAUUUUCUAGGACAAUUUUUCUAUUUUUAUUUAUGUCACCGAUGUUUCUUUAGUUCUUCCGUCAGUAUUUUUUGUUCCCUCACCCACGAAGUAGCCGUUCUUUCUGUUCCCGCGGAGACCUGUGUGUGCGUGUGUGUGUGUGUCUAUCCAACAUAUAUAUAUAUUGAUUGGCAACCCUUUGUUUUUUCCUUCCGAAUUGGCUUGGUUUAUUUUUUUUGACUGGUAGAAGAGUUUGAGUGGAAGAUUUUGAUUGAUGGUGGUGGAAGAGUUUGAGUGGAAGAUUUUGAUUGACGGUGUAUGAAGAGUUUGAGUGGAAGAUUUUGAUUGAUGGUGGUGGAAGAGUUUGAGUGGAAGACUUUGAUUGACGGUGUAUGAAGAGUUUGAGUGUAAGAUUUUGAUUGACGGUGGUGGAAGAGUUUGAGUGUAAGAUUUUGAUUGACGGUGGUGGAAGAGUUUGAGUGGAAGAUUUUGAUUGAUGGUGGUGGAAGAGUUUGAGUGGAAGAUUUUGAUUGACGGUGGUGGAAGAGUUUGAGUGGAAGAUUUCAACGGAGUGAGCGAGGAAGCGGAGUGUGGUUAAGUUGACGACUGGUUUGACGUUCACACACAUACACACACAUUAGUUAAACAAACAUAUGUACACACACAUACCCAUCUUAUAAGUAACAUACAUACAUACACACAUACAAGUACAGAUAGCUAUAUUAUUAUUAGUUGUACACACACACACACACACACACACACACACACACACACACAGUAUCAUCACUCUUGUCAGGUGUAAAAGAGAGAGAGAGAGAGAGAGAGAGAGAGAGAGAGAGAGAGAGAGAGAGAGAGAGAGAGAGAGAGAGAGAGAGAGAGACCAAUAA